CAACGAGUAGACGUCAAUGAAGAUGACUCGUUUAAGAGUAAUCGGACAGUGUUUCUCAUUCGUUUUCCUGAUCUUCGCGAGUCUCGUUAGUCACGUGACUUCGACUAAUAGACCGAACAUUAUUUUUAUUUUAGCCGACGAUCUGGGAUGGAACGACGUUGGAUUUCAUGGCUCAGGACAAAUACCAACGCCGAAUAUCGAUGCUCUUGCGUAUUCAGGAUUAUUACUAGAUAAAUAUUACGUAACUCCGAUCUGUACGCCUUCCAGAAGUGCUUUGAUGACCGGCAAAUAUCCAAUACAUAUUGGAAUGCAACAUGGUGUUCUUAAAGGAGCCGAACCAAGAGGACUUCCUCUCAACGAGAAAAUUCUACCGGAGUAUCUUCAAGAUCUCGGUUAUAGUACGCACAUAGUUGGUAAAUGGCAUUUAGGAUUUUAUAAGAAAGAAUAUACACCGACCUAUCGUGGCUUUAAUAGUCACGUUGGAUACUGGUCGGGCCAUCAUGAUUACUUCGACCAUACUGCCGUCGAGGAACCUUACUGGGGUUUAGACAUGAGACGUGAUCUGAAGACAGCGUGGGAGUUACAUGGUCAAUAUUCAACUGACGUCUUCACGCAGGAGGCCGUGCAACUGAUAGAGAAUCACAAUGCCACUCAACCGUUGUUUCUAUAUAUAGCUCAUGCUGCUGUUCAUUCCGGGAAUCCUUACAAUCCUUUGCCGGCACCUGAUUUUGAGGUUGCCAGACAUACCUCGAUUGCCGACUACAAUCGUAGACGAUUCGCUGGUAUGUUAACUAAACUCGAUCAGUCGGUAGGACAGGUAGUUAAAGCUCUAUACGAAAAAGACCUGUUAAAGAACAGCGUGAUUAUUUUUUCUACGGACAACGGAGGCCCAGCUGCUGGAUUUAAUUUGAAUGCAGCUUCGAAUUGGCCCUUGAGAGGUGUUAAAAACACACUUUGGGAAGGAGGUGUUAGAGGUACCGGUUUGUUGUGGUCAUCCCAUUUAAAUCGUCCUGGCCGUGUUAGCAGACAAAUGAUUCACAUCACCGAUUGGUUACCGACCCUUUUAUCUAUUGCUGGAAGUGAUACCUCCAAUUUGACGAACAUAGACGGCAUAAAUUUGUGGGAAGCAUUGCGCGAUGACAAAGAAUCACCGCGUAGAACGAUUUUACAUAAUAUCGAUGACAUUUUUCGAGUAUCCGCUAUCACCGUUGGCGAUUGGAAACUGAUGCAAGGUUCUACUUAUAAUGGCGCAUGGGACGGAUGGUAUGGUCCAUCCGGAAGAGAGUGGGUGUAUAACAUUGGUGCAGUAAUUGGUGGCAUGGCAGGUCGUGCAAUAACCAGUUUAGGUCUCUCUCUAACGCCAGAGAAAAUCCAUGAACUUCGAGAUAGUUCGCUCAUCAAGUGCCCACCUAAAAACGACUCUUUACCCGCAUGCAAACCAUUAGAAGCACCAUGCCUUUUCAACGUUCAUCAAGAUCCUUGCGAGGAUAAUAAUCUGGCUCAAGAACUACCCACGAUAUUGAAGAAAUUACAGGAAGAAGUGAAAAAAUUUAAUGCUACGGCAAUUCCUCCAAGCAAUUUGCCAUGGAACAAAAAAGCUGAUCCAAAAUUGUGGGAUCAUACUUGGACUAAUUUCGGGGAUUAUAUCGAUACGACUACUACUGCAGCGGCCUGAAAAAUAAAACUUCUUUUACUUUUUU